CUUAACAAUUAUUUUCAUUGUAGUAAAGUCACAAUGAAUAAUGAUUCAGCAGUUAAACAAAUGGAGGAACCUGAACUUCUUACUGAAGUUCCACCAAUAUUGAAGAGGCUUGCAAAAACAGUUGCCUAUGCAUUUUACGAACCGGAAAUGGUUGUGACAGUAUGUGUUCUAACAAAAUACCCUUGUAUCGACGAAGAUACACUUAUGGAAAAGCUUCAGUUUGAUAAAAGACAGUUACGACAAGUUUUAUCAAAACUGAAAAAUGAUAAAUUAGUGAAACAAAGAGUAGUAAAAGAAAAACAGCAAGACACUGGAAAUUUUAAUAUUUACAAUUUUUAUUUCAUAAAUUACAAACUUUUUGUCAAUGUUGUAAAGUAUAAGCUUGAUCAUAUCAGGAAGAAGCUUGAAAAUGAAGAGCAGCAAGCUCGAAACAGGCCGUGUUUUCAAUGUCAACAAUGUCAAAAAAAUUAUUCUGAUUUGGAAGUGGAUAGAUUAAUUGACAUGGAGACUGGCUUAUUUAAAUGCACCUUUUGUAAUGGGGAUGUGGAGGAAGAUGCAAGCCAUAUAAACACAUACAGCAGUGGCUCAUCACUAGGGACAUUUAAUGAGCAAAUGGAAAUGCUCUAUAAACUUUUACGAGAAUGUGAAAACAUAAAUCUUGCACCUGAUGUUUUAGAACCAACACCUUCCACUGCUGCCCUUAAAACAGUUCAAAACAAAUCUCAUGGUGGUCCUAAAUCUGGUUGGACUACUGAUCGUAAAUCAAUUGAUUUGUAUGGUCAAAAUAUUCAAAUUAAUGUUGGAGAUGAGGUAAAACAACAAGACGUUGCAGCCCCCAAAGAAUUACCUGUGUGGUUAGCUAAGAGUACUGUUUUUAACGAGGAGACUAAAGAGAAUGUAGACAACAAAAGCAUGGAUGUAGAUAAUAUGCCAUCUUCAAGUGCUACUCAAGAUUCACAAGAGGAAGGAGAUAUCAUGUCAGCUUUACUUGCACAUGAAUCAACUAGCAAAAAGGUUGAAGCACCUAUUGAUGUAUCUGCUGCUAAGAAGCAGGAGUCCAGCUCAGACUCAGAGCCUGAUUCGAGCCCCGAAAUUUCAAAAUUAAACAACAUUGACAUGGGUGUAACCGAAGUUGCAGACAUGGCUGAUAGUGACGAUGAUGACCAGCAUGAAAUCACAGUACAGGUUGGAAGCAUGUCCUAUGCACUGUCAGACAUUAACGAUGAUAUCAUUGCUAAAAUGACAGAAGAGGAACAUGAUGCAUACUUAAAAUUAUAUCAUGAUGCUUACGAACAGUUUUACUAGAUUCAUUAUUAAUAACUCCAUAUAAACUUAUUAAUCUUUUAAAGGUUUAAAAUUAUUCUUGUGUGUAGGAAAUGCAAUUUCUUUUUAUCUUUUUGCAUGCUUGAAAAAUGGUAGAAUGGCCAACAUCAAAUGCCUCUGUAUAUUUUUUUGUAGCAUUUGAGUAUCAUUCUAGAAAUCCAAGUUUGCAUAACAAUAUUUCUAUUACCUUAAGAAGAUAAAUUGUGGGGAAAAUUAUCACAAUGACUUUGCAUCAUAAAUUAUUGCAGUUUUAAUGCUUACUAUACAUUUUGCGACAUAAAUUAUUGCGUUUUGUCAAAAAUGAUAAUUUUGUGACACAAAUUAUUGCCAUUUUUUAAUUCUUUUCAACAUUUACAGAGGUAUUUUUCUUAAGCAAAGUGUUUUUUACACCCCUGCAGGUUUGUAUAGAAUUGUAACCAU